GAUGUGAUACUCGUCUUCCAUUUUAGGCAACAACUACCUGAUAUUGCUAAAUGCGUUGCUUACAACGACAGUUAGCCAAGCGCGAUCCUUCUUGCUGUGCAAAGAGGCAUGUGCGAGGACGCCCGGCAACACUCCGUGUUUCAUCUGCUUUUAUAACGUCACUUGGAACGAGGCCAGCAAGCAUUGCCGCAAACAUGCCGACCCUGGAUGGCUUCCUUCAGCGGAUUCGCGAAUGUAAUACUGGUAUGGAGGAGUUGCCAACCUUGACUCCGUUUGUAGUCGAUGGCAAAGAAGUAGGCAAAUUGAAGCCAAGGUUCUUGGAGCAAGUCAAGCGGUUCCCCGAGGUGUUCAUUGUGGAGGGCCAAUCCGGACCAUCAGGGAAAGUCACGCUUACCGCUGACCUAGAUACACCCGAAAAGCGCUCGGAAAAGGUAGCGGCGGUGCUCCAGCAGCUCCGCGAGGAGGGCUUCAUCACCGGCUGGCGUAACGAGCUGUACCCGGUGGUGCCCUCCUUCAGCGCGGCGCCGCUGCUGCUGGUGGAGCGGGCGGCCGCAACCCUGCUGGGCAUCAAGGCGUACGGCGUCCACGUCAACGGAUUCGUACGGCAGCCGGACGGCGGGUUGAAGCUGUGGGUGGCUCGGCGGUCGAUGACCAAGCCGCUGUGGCCGGGCAAGCUGGACCACAUCGUGGCUGGCGGGCAGCCCCACGGCCUCAGCUGCGCCGCCAACGUGCUCAAGGAGUGCGAGGAGGAGGCGGGCAUCCCCGCGCCCCUGGCCGCCACCGCCCGCCCCGUGGGUGCGGUGUCGUACACCACCAUCAGCGCCAGCGGCUACAAGCCGGACGUGCUGUUCUGCUAUGACCUGGAGCUGCCGCCGGACUUCGUGCCGACACCGCUGGACGGCGAGGUGUCGGAGUUCCGGUUGCUGCCGGUGGAGGAGGUGGCGGCCAUCGUGGCGGGCAGCACGGAGUUCAAGAGCAACUGCAAUCUGGUGAUCAUCGACUUCCUGGUUCGCCACGGCUACCUGGUCCCCGAGCAGGAGGGAUACCUGCAGCUGGUGGCGGGGCUGCGCAGCGGGGACUGCAGCUGAGGGGGGAAAGAGGAAACGACUAACUGACCGUGUGAUAAGGGGGUGUGGACUAAAGGAGAGAGGGGGCGGGCAAGCAGGCAGGCUGUGGCACUGGUGUGGCAGGUCUAAAGCUUGUGACGCCGUGUUGUGAUUGACUACUGGACACUUGGGCUGCGACAUUGCUCUUUCUAUUAGCAGUGCAGCUUGUAAACAUGGCUUGUAGCUUGUAUGCUUGCUGGUGUUUCCUUUCCUAGCGACAGUGUGAUUGGUGAGAAGAAGCAUGGUAAGAUUAUGACUAGGGUGUCUGAGCCUAGGCUAGAAAAAGUUCCAAACCUAGGAAGGUUUGUGUGUGAACAGGUGGUGGCUUACAGCGGGACCGGUCCAUGUGGAAACGCUGUCCAGAGCGGACAGGUAUGACGUACAGCGAGUAGGGUGUAAAGCAAACCAUUCGUA